GAGCAGGCAGCUCCGCGCCCACAGUCGCCGGCCCCCGCGGACUGCCGGAGCCGCCGCCGCCGCCGCCGCCGCUGCCUCUGCCUCCGCGGCGCAUCGCGGACGCCCUGCAGGAAUGAGAGGAGAAUCAUACUUCAUCGGAAUGAGGAGCCUGGGGCAGCAGGGGUACAUCCCAGAAGAUGGAGGGCUUCUCUUACUCUGCUGCAUAGACAGGGACUGGGCUGUCACUCGGUGUUUCGCAGAGGAAGCCUUUCAAGCAAUCACUGACUUCAACGAUCUCCCCAACUCGUUGUUUGCAUGUAAUGUUCACCAGUCUGUGUUUGAAGGAGAAGAGAGCAAGGAAAAAUUUGAGGGACUGUUCCGGACUUAUGAUGACUGUGUGACAUUCCAGCUCUUCAAGAGUUUCAGACGUGUCCGAAUAAACUUCAGCAAUCCUAAAUCUGCAGCCCGUGCCAGGAUAGAGCUUCAUGAAACCCAGUUCAGAGGGAAAAAAUUAAAACUCUACUUUGCACAGGUCCAGACUCCAGAGACAGAUGGAGACAAACUGCACUUGGCUCCGCCACAACCUGCCAAGCAGUUUCUCAUCUCGCCCCCCUCGUCGCCUCCUGUGGGCUGGCAGCCCAUCAGCGAUGCCACACCGGUCCUCAACUACGACCUCCUCUAUGCCGUGGCCAAACUAGGACCAGGAGAGAAAUACGAGCUCCAUGCGGGAACAGAGUCCACCCCAAGUGUGGUUGUGCACGUGUGCGACAGCGACAUAGAGGGAGAGGAGGAUCCAAAGACUUCCCCAAAGCCAAAAAUCAUCCAAACCCGGCGUCCCGGCCCACCACCCUCUGUGUCCAACUGAGCUUACUGCUCCACCUUGAGGAUAAAAUCCGUCUCUUCUUUAUCAUGCUUUUUCCCCCUCCCUGUUGUUUGUCAGAGAGAAAAAAAAAAUUAAUUGCCUUUAAAUCCCUGGGUGUUUGGUUGUUUGAGAUUCCUUCCUUGUAAUCAAGCCUCUCGGACAAAAGGGCUAGGAAAAGGUGAUAUGUGUCUCCUGAUCAUAUCAUACCCAUUAAGUAUAAUUCAUUAUUUAGAAGGUUCUAGAAAAAGUAGUAUUUUCUUAUUAAACAAUCAGCACAGCCUAUAUCUCUGUUCUCUCAUGUUGAUCCAAGCCAGACACAUCGAUAACAAGCAGUACCUGUGUUGUUUGUGAGCCUCUUCAGUCCCAGUCCUGAUGUGCGUGUUGUUUUUUUCCUGGCCACUCAAAUAGGACCAUAAGUAAACUUGACUUUGACUGCAUGAGAUAUCCCUAUCUGGUCUCUCUCAGUCCUCUGCAUCCCGACAUUCCCAGGACAUGCAUGAUCACCAGCAUUUGUUUUCAUGAUUUGAGGAUAUACUCUAACUCACAGGUUAUCAGCAUCCAGCCAUGUCCUACUUAGAAUAGGAAAAAAAUAAUCCGUAUCAUCCAGCUUGACAAGUCUGGGUAUAGUCACUAUUUUGAGUCAAUAUUUCAUAGCUCUGUUAAAAUUCCUGGAGGCAAAAUUGAGCUUGGCCCCAAAGAUAUUCCUCAAUAGAGUUUGAACAUCAUUUCCAUGUAGAACUUCCCAGUCUCAUUGGGGAGGCUUGUCCAGGGUGAUAGAGACCGAUUUCAGACGAACUAUUUAUUAUCAAAGUCUCUCAUGGUGUCUGAACUGAUUGUUUUUUCUCUUUGUAUAUUUGUACAAAUGUUUCAGCUGUGCUUUUAAAAUCUGGAUGUUUUUUAUUUAGUGGUUGUUCAGCCAUUAGCUGCUUAAAAACAUGAUAUGUGCAUUGCUUAUGAAUGCAUUCAUAUACUAUUGCAGAUAAUCUGAUAAUAUCACACUAUUAUGGAUAAUACUGAAUUUUAAGAGGGCACGACAACAUCAUAUGCCAAUACAUGAAUGAUUAGCCAACAUCUUUGCUAUCCAGCCCACUUGUUUUUAAAUAAUGAUGCAAGUGUCAGUUGUAGACGAUUUAAAGUUAGCUAAAUCUCCAGAAUGUAGCAACAGCUGAGCAUAUUCAAACAGGGAAAGGGUGAGAGAUAAAUGUAUGCCAAUCCUGCUCACGCAAUGCCCAUAUGCUCAAAAAAGUUUUGUUUUCAUUACAUGUGAUUUUUCUAUUUCUCCAGCCCAAAGUGCAUUACAGAAGAUACACCUAGAGAACCAUUAACUUCUGCUGUAUGUGCCAGGCCUCAUCUACUCUUGUACAUUAAUAAAUUACUUUAGAUGCAAUUACAAAUUAUGAUGGAGUGAGGAAGUACUUUCAUGACCUAAGCCUCAGAAAAAACACACAAGAACAAUAAUGCAGCCAACCGAUUGAAGAGUUGUUGUGGUUUUUGCCUAGGGUGUAUGUUAGUGUCCUCAGAAACUUAAAACAGACUGAUCACUCAGAAAUUAAAAGUCCGUUCUACUGUGAAUAUAGCAAUAUAGUACUGGACACAGUACAGGUGAAACUGAGGAGAGCUUUGCUUGUAAAAUCCUAAGUUUCUAUAGGAAAAAUGAAGACUCCUUGUAAAAAUAAAAUCUGAGGAGUAUGUUAUCAGCAAAUGCUUUGACUUUCCUUUGCUGUGGAGGUUUCUGGAUUUUCAUUGGCAAGAUUAUGUACUUCAUGGUGGAGGAAUGGCGCCCUCUAAUGGAGGAAUGUUGCAUUUGGCUAUUUAGAUGACAGGACUACAGCCAUCCACCUUUGGGGGCUGAAUCUCAGCUGACUGCUGGUCAUUGACUUUUUAAGAUACCCUGAUUUUUUUUUUCAGAAUGCAGAUUCUGGGGAAAAAAAACUAGAUGAGAGAAAGUUUUGGAAAAUGAUUUUUUAAAAAAUGUUUUAAAAUAGUCGUACCAGACUUUACUAUUGAGUAAAAGUUGAAAUGAUCAUUCUGCACAGUCACAAAAAUUCGGUGGCAUGUAUGACCUAAGUGGUGAGUCUGGGUAUUGCCACAUGUCCAUGUUAACCUGUCUCAGAUCAAGCAACUCCUUCACUAGGUUGGACUUUGGGGGGAAGAUAGAGGGGUUUUUCUCAGGGGAGCAGUAGGGAAUGGGAAGCGCCUGCCAUGUUUGUGUGGAACCUCCUCACGCUGUGAAAGUCUCAGUUGCCUCGGCAUUUCCAUGACGCACAUUAUGCAAACCUCUUUAGCACUAUUUUAAGUUUGAAAAGUUUUAAAAUGAAGGGGAAGGGGAAGAUUUCCACCAACUGAAUCAUUUGUGCACGUGUAUAGCUCCAAGAGCUUAGACUUCAAAUAUAUCUGGUGAAUGAC